AAAAAUAACUGGUUCACAGGUUCAGGUAACAGUGAUGUCGACAAGGAAACUGGCCAAAGAGCUUGGGUUAUUAAGGCAGCGGAGUCAGUCUUCCACUGGGUCAAAGAAGUCACUUGUGUCCAAUCAAAUAUUUUCAUACCUGAUUGUGAUUGAUUUUGAGUCUACAUGCUGGAAAGAGAAAAACAACUAUAGCCAGGAAGUUAUUGAGUUCCCUGCUGUUUUGCUGAACACGUCCUCAGGAGAAGUUGAGUCUGAGUUUCACACAUAUGUUCAACCCCAAGAACAUCCUACUCUCUCUGAGUUCUGCACUGAGCUGACUGGGAUCACACAGAUGCAAGUAGAGGCAGGGAUCCCCCUCCGGAUCUGUCUGUCUCGAUUCUGCCGCUGGCUGCAAAACCUGCAGCUUGAGAUGGGUGUAGUCUUUCCCAACAGCCAACAGAGAUGUUCUGCACCUUCACCUUCUCAAAAGCUGUGUACUUUCCUCACAUGGUCAGACUGGGAUCUUGGAGUUUGUUUGCAGUACGAGUGUAAACGUAAGCAGCUCCAUAAACCUGAUGUGCUCAACAGCUGGAUAGACCUGAGAAGCACAUACAGACUAUUUUACAACAGGAAACCUAAAGGCCUGAAUGGGGCCCUGCAAGAUCUAGGAAUUCAGUUUACAGGGAGAGAACAUUCAGGGUUGGAUGAUGCCCGAAAUACAGCUCAGCUGGCAGUGAGAAUGAUGAGGGAUGGGUGUGUGAUGAAGAUCACCAGAAGCCUUGAGAGGACCCCAUCCGUGGUCAAUCCUGUGUUUGGAAACCUAACUUCAGACAAGACAAAAGUAAAACCCAACAUCAAUAAAGAAGAAAAUAUCCUUAUUACAAACUCAUCAUCCACGAUUUCCUCUGAAUCCUGUCAAAUAAAGUCACGUUCAGCGGGGAAUGCUGUAAAUCUUGACCCAAAAGAAAAUUCAGUUCAGGAAUCUGUCCAAAACCUGAUCUCACCCAAGACAAUUCUGAAUGCUGCUACUGCACCACUUUGGGGACACAGCAGGACAACGGUUACAGCAGUGGCUGUCACUGACCUUUCUUCAGUUCUGGUAACCACUUCCUCACCACACAGUAGUAGUAACAAAAGCCUUGUUCUAUGUUCUACUACUCUGGGCUGCCUAUCUCAUCUGCCUCAACCAAACCAGGUCACAAAAACUGGAUUGAUUGUGCAACUUGAGAAAGAUGAAAGUGAAGAAUUUUCAGUGGAAACAGAGGAGAGGUGUGGUUCAUAUGACGAUGUGGUGCUGGAGAAUGAUAAUAUUAUGAAUGAAGCUGAUGGAGAAUGUUGUGGCGCUGAGUACGUAUCAGAUUUUGACAGUGGGUGUUACGUAGAAGAUGAACCUCAACAUUUACAUUUAACAAAGGCUCAGGUCACAUUAAAGGACAACAUGAGUGCUGGGAUGGACUCUGAGACCAUUCGCCUUUCCACAACAUCUGCAAAGAAGAGCAGGACAGAUCAGUCAAACAAGAUGGGGCAUCUCACAACAAUCUCAGAGCCAUAUUUUGCUGUGCCAAAGACUGUUAUUUGUGGCUCCAAAACAAAUUUGCACAAAUCAGGACAUAAGAUAUCUCCACAAAUCCAAGACAAGUCAUAUGGAGUCCUAAAAAACAACAAAACAAACACACCAUCUCCACUAGGGCACAAAACGUUCAUUCCUGGAAACACAUCCACACCUAAUACUUCAUUUACCAAACCCAAAGCAGUUAUGCAAAUCAGGAAAAACACAGAGACUCCAAGGUCUUCCUUCACCAUCUACACUGACUCAGCAAGACAGGCUGGACCCCCCUCUCAUUCUUCCUCAUUCAGCACUCUUAACACACCCAAGAAUGUCCUCCGCUCUUUGCCAGCCAACACACACUCAUCAUGUAUCAACCGUUCCUCCACUUCUGUGACAACGAAAAGAGGACAGAAGAUCACAUCCCCACUGUGCUCAUGUGGACGCCGUGCCAAGCGUCAGGUUGUGUCAAAUGGUGGUCCGAACCAUGACCGGGGGUUUUACUGCUGUCCAGUCCGCCGCUCAGGCAGUGGAGGCAGGAUCCAGAAGGGAUGCGAGUUCUUCAAAUGGGAAUCAUCCCUGAUGAAGAGUGUCUCCCUGGCUGCUCUGGCCUCUGUGUCACUGGGCCAGAUCAACUCGACUUUUAACUGUCUUCCACAACAGAGGCUAACGCUACGAAAAAGUUAUUAAUCUGUUUGGACAUGCAUCACAAUCUGCUCCAUCAAACCAAUCGGAGAGACGUUUUCAUUGAGAAGUCAAAUUCUCAUGAAGAGGAUUCAGAAAUAACUAUAAACUGGGGGAAAAACAAAUUGCACAUCUUUGACAUCUCAGUCAAGUCUUUACUCAACUAAUCAUUUUUAAUACCAAAUAUAGUUAUUCCAAUUAUG